AUGGCGCCUCUACGGUCACAGAUUCCGCUCCUGACACUACUCGCAACCACCUCGCUUCUCCCUCUCCAAGCAUGGGCUUCGUUCGAAUGCAAGGAUAUGGCCACACAAGGCACCCACUUCAACUUUGAGAAGCUGGGCGGGCCGCACGUGGUGCACUGGAAGGAAGAAGACCUCGAGCACGACAUGGAAUACAAAUACAACUUCACCCUCGACCUCUGCAAGCCGCUCAAGUCGGAGUGCCAUAAUGGCGCGCGAGUCUGCGGCAUGCGAGAGAACGUCGAUCUGUCGCAGGAGGGCAACUCGACGAUCACACCGAUUGACAUCGCUGGAACAUACACGUCCUACAACGGCCGCACUAUCGAUGCCAAAUACGAAUUGCUGCGCAACUCGGCGUCGAACUCGGAUUCCGGCCGCGAAGGACUGAGGACUAUCCUGCAAGGAGGACGUUUGCCCUUCGACGACAAGAAGAACGGGCUGGAUCAGCGUGCCAUCAUAGAAUUUGUGUGUGACAAGGAGCGCACAGGGUUGGAAGGCGAUGAGGCGGACGGUGGCAAAUCAGGCAGCGACAAGGAUGGCGACAAGAAAGACGAUAAAGAUGACAAGAAAGAUGACAAGGACGAUAAGAAAGACGAGGAUAAGAAAGAGGGAGAGAAACAGAUUAGCAGGCGGGACGAGAGCAACAAAGACAAAUGCGAGGAAAGCGACUCCAGCCUGCGCUUCUGCGGAUACAAGGUCGAGAACCUGGAGAAGGACAAGAAGGCGAGGACGCUGAGACUGGAAUGGCGCACCAAGUACGCAUGCGAGGACAUGCCUGCGGAGAAGCCCUCGAGCUCGGGCUGGGGCUUCUUCGGAUGGUUUUUCAUCAUUCUCUUUCUCAGCAUCGCAGCCUACCUCAUCUUCGGCUCGUGGCUCAACUACAACCGCUACGGCGCUCGAGGGUUAGAUUUGCUACCCCAUGCCGAUACACUUCGCGACAUUCCAUAUAUCGCGAAGGACUUUGGGCGUAAGAUCUUUCAGACCGUGCAGGGCAGCGGGAGUAGGGGCGGCUAUGCUGCUGUCUAA